UGUUGUCUGCAACACUUCCUCACGAAAUUCUCGAAAUGACCAGCAAAUUCAUGACCAACCCGAUUAGAAUCCUUGUCAAACGUGAUGAAUUGACACUGGAAGGUAUCAAGCAGUUCUUCGUGGCGGUUGAUCGUGAGGAGUGGAAAUUCGAUACGUUAUGUGAUUUGUACGAUACGUUAACGAUUACACAGGCGGUCAUCUUUUGCAACACGCGAAGAAAAGUGGAUUGGUUGGCGGAAAAGUUGAAGGAAGCCAAUUUCACGGUAUCUGCAAUGCACGGUGAUAUGGAACAGAAGGAACGAGAUGCGAUCGUUAAGAAGUUCAGAGCUGGAGACAGUCGUCUUCUAAUAUCAACGGACGUUUUCGCACGUGGUCUGGACAUUCCUCAGGUGUCGUUGGUGGUCAACUAUGAUCUGCCGAACAAUCGAGAACUUUACAUUCAUCGCAUCGGUCGAUCAGGGCGUUUCGGUCGCAAAGGUGUGGCGAUUAAUUUCGUGAAGUCAGACGACAUUCGUAUUUUGCGUGAUAUUGAGCAGUAUUAUGCGACUCAGAUUGACGAAAUGCCAAUGAACGGUUAG